ACGGCUCCGGGGGGCGGGGGCCGGGGCCCGGGCCGGCUCGCGCGGGGGGUAUGAUGACCCGGCGGCGGGGCCCCGGAUCUCGUCUCCGCCGCCUCCUCAAGGCAGCCCCAGCUCACGGCUGAGAACCAGACACACCGGCGGUAUGGCAUCACAGCUGCAGGUGUUCUCCCCCCCAUCAGUGUCGUCGAGUGCCUUCUGCAGUGCGAAGAAACUGAAAAUAGAGCCCUCUGGCUGGGAUGUUUCUGGACAGAGCAGCAACGACAAAUAUUAUACCCACAGCAAAACCCUCCCAGCCACACAAGGACAAGCCAGCUCCUCUCACCAGGUAGCAAAUUUCAACAUCCCAGCUUACGACCAGGGCCUCCUCCUCCCGGCUCCCGCCGUGGAGCAUAUUGUUGUAACAGCCGCUGACAGCUCUGCCAGUGCUCCUACUUCAACCUUCCAAAGCAGCCAGAGCCUGACGCACAGGAGCAACGUUUCUUUGCUUGAGCCAUAUCAAAAAUGUGGACUGAAAAGAAAAAGUGAGGAAGUUGACAGCAACGGUAGCGUGCAGAUCAUAGAAGAACAUCCCCCUCUCAUGCUGCAAAACAGGACUGUGGUGGGUGCUGCUGCCACAACCACCACUGUGACCACAAAAAGUAGCAGUUCCAGCGGAGAAGGGGAUUACCAGCUGGUCCAGCAUGAGAUCCUUUGCUCGAUGACCAACAGCUAUGAAGUGUUGGAGUUCCUGGGCCGGGGAACGUUUGGCCAGGUGGCGAAGUGCUGGAAGCGGAGCACCAAGGAGAUUGUGGCGAUUAAAAUCUUGAAGAACCACCCCUCCUAUGCAAGACAAGGCCAGAUUGAAGUGAGCAUCCUUUCCCGCCUAAGCAGUGAAAAUGCUGAUGAGUAUAAUUUUGUCCGUUCUUAUGAGUGCUUUCAGCACAAGAAUCACACAUGCCUUGUGUUUGAGAUGCUGGAGCAGAACUUAUAUGAUUUUCUAAAGCAGAACAAGUUUAGCCCACUGCCACUCAAGUACAUCAGACCGAUCUUACAGCAGGUGGCCACGGCCCUGAUGAAGCUCAAGAGCCUCGGUCUGAUUCACGCCGACCUCAAGCCCGAAAACAUAAUGCUGGUCGACCCAGUGCGCCAGCCCUACCGAGUGAAGGUCAUUGACUUUGGUUCUGCCAGUCACGUUUCCAAGGCUGUGUGCUCAACCUACUUACAGUCACGUUACUACAGAGCCCCUGAAAUUAUUCUUGGAUUACCAUUUUGUGAAGCUAUCGAUAUGUGGUCACUGGGCUGUGUGAUAGCUGAGCUCUUCUUGGGAUGGCCUCUGUAUCCCGGUGCUUCAGAAUAUGAUCAGAUUCGUUACAUUUCCCAAACACAAGGCCUGCCAGCUGAAUAUCUCCUCAGUGCCGGGACAAAAACAACCAGGUUUUUCAACAGAGAUCCUAACUUGGGGUACCCACUGUGGAGGCUUAAGACACCUGAAGAACAUGAAUUGGAGACUGGAAUCAAAUCAAAAGAAGCUCGGAAGUACAUUUUUAAUUGUUUAGAUGACAUGGCUCAGGUGAAUAUGUCCACAGACUUAGAAGGAACAGACAUGUUGGCAGAGAAGGCAGAUCGACGAGAAUACAUUGAUUUGUUAAAAAAAAUGUUAACAAUUGAUGCAGAUAAAAGAAUUACUCCUCUGAAAACUCUUAACCAUCAAUUUGUGACAAUGACUCACCUUCUGGAUUUUCCACAUAGCAAUCAUGUUAAGUCUUGUUUUCAGAACAUGGAGAUCUGCAAGCGGAGGGUUCACAUGUAUGAUGCAGUGAGUCAGAUCAAGAGUCCCUUCACCACGCAUGUUGCCCCAAAUACAAGCACGAAUCUAACCAUGAGCUUCAGCAACCAGCUCAAUACAGUGCACAAUCAGGCCAGUGUUUUAGCUUCCAGUUCUACUGCAGCAGCUGCUACUCUUUCUCUGGCUAAUUCAGAUGUCUCACUGCUGAGCUACCAGUCGGCUUUGUACCCAUCGUCGGCAGCACCAGUCCCUGGAGUUGCCCAACAGGGCGUCUCCUUGCAGCCUGGAACCACCCAGAUUUGCACUCAGACAGAUCCAUUCCAACAAACAUUUAUAGUCUGUCCGCCUACUUUUCAGACUGGACUGCAAGCAACAACAAAGCACUCUGGAUUCCCUGUGAGGAUGGAUAAUGCGGUGCCAAUUGUACCCCAGGCCCCAGCUGCUCAGCCACUGCAGAUCCAGUCGGGGGUUCUUACGCAGGGAAGCUGUACACCACUAAUGGUAGCGACUCUCCACCCUCAAGUAGCCACCAUCACCCCGCAGUAUGCGGUGCCCUUUACUCUGAGCUGCGCAGCCGGCCGGCCGGCGCUGGUUGAACAGACUGCCGCCGUACUGCAGGCUUGGCCUGGAGGAACCCAACAAAUUCUCCUGCCUUCAACUUGGCAACAGUUGCCUGGGGUAGCUCUCCACAACUCUGUCCAGCCCACAGCAGUGAUUCCAGAGGCCCUGGGCAGUGGCCAGCAGCUCACAGACUGGAGGAACGCCCACUCUCAUGGCAACCAGUACAGCACCAUCAUGCAGCAGCCAUCCCUGCUCACUAACCACGUGACGUUGGCCACGGCUCAGCCCCUGAAUGUUGGCGUUGCCCACGUUGUCAGACAGCAGCAGUCCAGUUCCUUGCCUUCAAAGAAGAAUAAGCAGUCUGCUCCAGUCUCUUCUAAGUCCUCCCUGGAUGCUCUGCCUUCUCAAGGCUGUUCCCUGGUCGGGAGCAGCCCCCUCCGUACCACGUCUUACAACCCCCUCGGCCCUGUGCAGGAUCCGCACCAGCCAAUUGUCAUCCCUGAUACUCCCAGCCCUCCUGUGAGUGUCAUCACUAUCCGCAGUGACACCGAUGAGGAAGAGGACAACAAAUACAAGCCCAGUAGCCUGAAAGCAAGGUCUAACGUCAUCAGCUACGUCACUGUCAAUGAUUCCCCAGACUCUGACUCAUCCUUGAGCAGCCCAUAUUCCACCGACACCCUGAGUGCUCUCCGGGGCAAUAGUGGACCCCUUCUGGAGGGACCUGGUAGAGUCGUGGGAGAUGGCACUGGCACCCGCACCAUCAUCGUGCCUCCACUGAAAACUCAGCUUGGUGACUGCACUGUAGCAACACAGGCCUCAAGUCUCCUAAGCAGCAAGACCAAGCCAGUGGUCUCAGUGAGCGGGCAGUCAUCUGGAUGCUGUAUCACCCCCACAGGGUACCGAGUGCAGCGCGGCGGGACUGGCGCAGCACAGCCACUCAACCUUAGCCAGAACCAGCAGGCAUCGUCAGCUCCAGCCUCACAGGAGAGAAGCAGCAACCCUGCCCCCCGCAGGCAGCAGGCCUUUGUGGCCCCAUUGUCUCAAGCCCCCUACGCCUUCCAGCAUGGCAGCCCACUGCACUCGGCAGGGCACCCGCACCUGGCCCCAGCCCCUGCUCACUUGCCAAGCCAGCCUCAUCUGUACACAUAUGCCGCCCCCACAUCUGCUGCUGCGCUGGGCUCCACCAGCUCCAUCGCCCAUCUUUUCUCCCCCCAGGGCUCCUCGAGGCACACAGCCGCCUAUACCGCCCACCCGAGCACCCUGGUGCACCAGGUCCCUGUCAGCGUGGGGCCCAGCCUCCUCACCUCUGCCAGCGUGGCCCCUGCUCAGUACCAGCACCAGUUUGCCACCCAGUCCUACAUUGGGUCGUCCCGAGGCUCCGCAGUUUACACUGGAUACCCACUGAGUCCUACCAAGAUCAGCCAGUACUCCUACUUGUAGCUGGUGAGCCUGAGGGAAGAAGGCCGAGGCUGCUGCGUCCCGGCCCCAAGGCCUUCGCAGUGGGCUGCAGGGAGCCCUCCCUCUCGCCCUUUCCUGCGAGGCCUCAGGCAGCAGUGCGCUCUGCAGGGCCCCUGAGGCACCUGGGGCAGUGUGGACUGCGUUGCUGUAGUCUCCCACAGCCUGCCCUCCUCUCUCAUUCUUUAUUUUUGUGACAGCAUUUUUGGUAUUUGGAAGAGUUCAGAUGCCCGUCUUCUUCAGUUACCAAGGAAGAGAGUGUUCUGAAGUUGCCCUUUGAAAAAUAUUUUUUCUCCUCUCUCUGACUUUAUUUCUAUAAAUGCUUUUAAAUAAAGCCCCUCUGUAUUUAACAUUGUUUUAUUGUAAUUGCUGGUCAGAGGAAAAAUGUUGAUAGAAGAACAUGAAAUAGGGUAACAAGUGAGAAAAGGAAAAUCAUUACAUUUUGGUUGUUAAAAAACUAAGACUUAAUUGCUUAUUUUAAGAGCAGCUUUCACAAGUCUGUAUUUUACUAUCAGGCAUUUCUCCUCAAAAUUUUACCUUUGUUUAUGAGACAUUUAAACUUACAUUGUUUUAGUGUUCUCCAGUCACAUUAUACUUAAUGGGCAAUUGUUAUUUUUGCAAAACUGGUUACAUUCUGCUCUGUGUUACUAUUGGGAUUCUCUUAGUUGCUCCUGUGUUUAUUACAAAGUAGUCUUUAAAAGGCAGCUCACCAUUUGCUGGUCACUUUGUGUGAGAAUCCAUACCUGCUGUGAAAACACCAGGUAAUUCUUUUUAAAUUAUUUUUUAAAAAGUCCUUCUCCGAUUCAGCUUAAAUUUUAUUAUUGGAAAAGCCAUUAAGGUGGUUAUUAUUGUGUGGUGAUGGAUGUUUUAUUAUAUGCAAAAUCUCUUUGUAUUAUGUGAUAACUGGCACUGAUGAGCUUUGCCUAAAGAUCAGUAUGAAUUUUCAAUAAUCCACCUCUCUUUCUCCUCGCCUCAUCUCUCCCUUCUGUUCUACGUGAUUUAUUUGGGGAGAAAGCUAAAAUCUGAAACCAGAUAAGAACAUUGUGUAUAGCUUUUAUACUUUAAAGUAGCUUCCUUUGUAUGCCAGCAGCAAAUUGAAUGCUUUCUUAUUAAGACUUAUUCAAUAAGUGCAUGUAGGAAUUGCAGAAAAUAUUUUAAAAAUUUAUUACUGAAUUUAAAAAUAUUUUAGAAGUUUUGUAAUGGUGGUGUUUUAAUAUUUUGCAUAAUUAAAUAUGUACAUAUUGAUUAGAAAAAAUAUAACAAUUUUUCCUGCUAACCCAAGAUGUUAUUUGUAAUCAAAUGUGUAGUGAUUACACUUGAAUUGUGUAUUUAGUGUGUAUCUGAUCCUCCAGUGUUACUCCGGAGAUGGAAUUGAUGUCUCCAUUGUAUUUAAACCAAAAUGAACUGAUACUUGUUGGAAUGUAUGUGAACUAAUUGCUAUUAUAUUAGAGCAUAUUACUGUAGUGCUGAAUAAGCAGGGGCAUUGCCUGCAAGGAAAGGAGACCCUUGGAGUUGUUUUGCACAGGUGUGUCUGAUGAGGCGUUGUUCAGUGUGUGACUCUCCCUUCCCUUAUUGUAGUGCCUUAUAUAAUGUAGUGGUUCUAGCGUUUACAGUGAGCUUGCCUUAGGAUGGACCAGCAAGCCCCCGUGGACCCAUAGCUGUUCACAGGGAUUUUUCAACAGGAUUAGUAGCUGUGUUGUGUAAAUGCAUUUUCCCAUCUCAGUUUCCCUGCCGAUGGACAUUGGAAAAUAAAAGUAGCAGCUUUUCUCCUUUACUGCCACCUCUGCCCCUUUCCAUUGUGGCAUCUCAGCUGAGUUCUCACAGAAGCGUGCUCCCCACGUGCCUGUCACUGUGCAUCGCUCCCCCGCUUCUGGAAGAAUUCAGGAAGCAAGGGACAGGAGUCAAGCCAAUCUUUAAUAUGCAUUUUUUUUCUUUUUUUUAAAGUAUGUGCAAUCGCUUUUAAAGUGAGAUUUCCCCCCUUUCCCCAUGUGGCAGUGCUUCCUGCAAAUAGUUGACAUUCCUAGUAAAACAUUUGUUGAAAAAAACACAUACCAGAUGUGUUUAUACCAAAGAGCCUGUUGUGUUGCUUACCAUGUCCCCAUACUAUGAGGAGGAGUUUUGUGAUGCCGCUGGUGACAGGGAACUCACAGAAAGUUUUCUUAGCUGGUGAAGAAUAUUAUAAUAAGGAGGAACCCCAGCCUGUCGAGUCAUUGGGCUUUUGAGGGGUUUUUUUUAACAACUUGUAUAUUCUUGGGGCCCUUCAAACUGUGAGAUUGCCCUUGUACUCUCAGCUCCAGCAUGGAUCUGGGUCACGUAGAAGGUAUUGGGGCUGGGAAGGUGCCUGCCCAUAAGAGAUUUGGGGGAAGAAGGCUAACCCUAAGAUGUAGCAGUGUUCCAUCUGAACUGAAAAUGACAUAUUUGAGGGAUCAAUCUAGGACUGGUUCUUUGUAGAGAUGGUGUCAAGGAGGUGCGGGAUGGAGAUGGGAGAUUUCAUGGAGCCUGGUCAGCAAGCUCUGGACCGGGUUGAACACCGAGGAGCUGGCAAGGUAUUUGGAGUUUCUUCAUUGUGAGGAGUAAAGGGCUCCCAGGAUGGGGCAGAGAGUCAGUACAGCCUCCCAGGAACAUGUCGUGUUUUCGUUAUUUUUUAAUCAUUAUAUUGAGUUGUAUUUUCUGCGUUGUAUUGGUCAAGAUACUCAAGCAGUUUGCAUGGUUUGUGUCACUCAUCUUCACACAGUUUUCUGGUCAGCGGGUGUGAUCUUUGUGUCUCCUUUUUGCCAAGUAUAUUCUGAUUUUCUUGCCUUUGAUUUAGUUUCUAAUGGAAACAAUUUUUUUUGUUGUUCCUUGUCAUUCUUCUACAAGGGAUAAGAUGUAUUGUUCUUGUAAGAAAUGAGAUGCAGGAAGAAACCCCACAGAACACUUCACUCCUGCCCCAGUCCAAUAGCAGGUACCAUUUAAGAUAGGAGUCUUCACAGGGAAAAGACAAUACCAGGAGUUUGGAUUGGUACCUUAAUCACCUUACUAGCAGUGUUUGGCUUUAAAGACUUUAGAAAUGUUCAGUCUUAGUCUGCAAAUUGGCAUUUCAGAUUUACCAAGAUAAAAAUCCACUGUGUCUGUUGAACGUAUGUGUGCUUAGUGUGGCUUUAGAUUCUGUCCCUGGGGCUUUCCCUUGCCGGCCUCUGCAGGAAGUGGGGAGCCCCUGGAAUUUAGUGAGCAGCUGGCCCCACCCAGUCAAGCGGCCUGACCUCAGACCAGGUUACCUUUGGCUUGAAGUCCUCUCAGAACUUGCAUUUCCAGCUUCUCCCCUUCAGGGUGAGAAAGUGGGGAAGGGUUAAGUUACUCUAGGCUCAUCAGGACCCUUGAUCAAUCCGGAGUUUUUAAUAGCUCCCAAGAGGUGAUCCUACUGUCUGCGUGCUCCGCUAACAUACCAGCCCCAGGAACAAGAAUUCCAUUUCAAACAGUUCUGGCCAUCCAUCAUCCUCCACUAGAGGGGCUAAGCUUGACUGCCCUCCGCCAGGCAAGCACAGUAAUGUGUGUUUUACUCGGCAUUAUUAUGCAAAACCCCACUGGUUAGGAUGGUUUGUUUUAAGUUAGGAAAUGAAAUUGCCUCUUAGUGACAGGAAUGGCCUAUGCCUGCUUCCUGUUUUGAUUUUUUUAACUGAUGGAUGGUGCAGCAUGUCUCCAUGGUUGUUUGUUGCUCAACUUUAUAUAAUGUGUGGUUUUGAUUCAGCUUGAAAAAUAAUCUCACUACAUGUAGCAGUACAUUCUGUGUACAUUAUAUGUAAUGUUAGUAUUUCUGCUUUGAACCCUUGAUAUUGCAAUGGAAUUCCAACUUUAAAUGUAUUUGAUAUGCUAGUUAUUGUGUGCGAUUUAAACUUUUUUUUGCUUUCUCCCUUUUCUGGUUGUGCGCUUUCUUUUACAACAAGCCUCUAGAAACAGUUUCCGAGAAUUACUGAGCUCUGUUUGUAAUGCAGGUGUACUUAGGGAGUAUGUAAAAUAAUCAUUUUAACAAAAUAAAUAGAUAUUUAAAAUUUAAUACUAACUAUGGGAAAAGGGUCCAUUGUAUAAAACAUAGUUUAUCUUUGGAUUCAAUGUUUGUCUUUGGUUUUACAAAGUAGCUUGUAUUUUCAGUAUUUUCUACAUAAUAUGGUAAAAUGUAGAGCAAUUGCAAUGCAUCAAUAAAAUGGGUAAAUUUUCUGAUUCA